CUCUCGUGCGUAGGUUUGAUCAGUCAGAGCGACGUUGAGCUGGAGUCCUGUUAGUCAAUAAGCGGCAAACUAUGAACACAGAGAUUAUUUAGUAACAGCCCGUGCAACGCAAAGCGUCCGUUUGGACAGAUUUUGAAAUGAAGAAGGACUUUGAUACACUUAUAUCCGAAGAACGGUCUGAGAUCAUCUCUAAUUAUGAGAAGGGCAGGCAGAAGGGAGUUCGCAUCAAGGACUGGGAGGAUGACGAAUACAACAUCUGCAAGGUCACGGACCGCUUCGGUUUCCUGCAUGAAGAGGAGCUCCCAUCACCAACUGCAGUGGAGGAGAAGUUUAAACUCCAGGAGCUUGAAAGAGUGCAGAAAUGGGUGAAGAUGGUGAAAAAGUGGGAUAAGUACCACAGCAGCGAAAAGAUGAUGAAGCGCGUGUACAAGGGGAUUCCCUUGCAGCUGCGUGGUCAAGCCUGGGCUCUCAUGCUGGAGGUGGACCAGGUGAAACAGGCCAACUACAAGAAGUAUGAGACAAUGAAGGAACAAGCCAAAAAGUACUCAACAGAAAUCAAGCAGAUAGAUCUUGAUGUCAACCGAACGUUUAGGAACCAUAUCAUGUUCAUGAAACGUUUUGGCGUCAAACAGCAGGCCCUGUUUCAUGUGCUGGCCGCUUAUUCAGUCUACAACACGGAAGUGAGCUACUGUCAGGGCAUGAGCCAGAUCGCCGCUAUUCUGCUCAUGUACAUGAAUGAGGAAGAUGCAUUCUGGGCAUUAUCACAGCUGUUAACCAAUCGAAAACACGCCAUGCACGGGUUCUUCAUCCCUGGGUUACCCAAACUGCACCGUUUCCAGAAUCAUCAUGACCAAAUACUUUCCAAGCUCCUUCCAAAACUAAAGAAACACAUGGAGAAAGAGCAGAUGUCCACUCCUUUCUACUCAACCAAAUGGUUCCUCCAGUGUUUUAUUGACAGGACACCCUUUACGCUUACCCUGCGUCUAUGGGACAUCUACAUACUAGAGGGAGAGAAAAUUCUCACUGCCAUGGCCUAUACUAUCCUCAAACUGCACAAAAAGCAUCUUUUCAAGAUGUCUUUGGAGGAACUGAGGGAGCUUCUUCAGGAGAAGAUUUCUUCAUCCUUCAACAUGAGCGAUGAUUUGGUCAUAGAGCACCUACAGUCAUCCAUGGCAGAACUCCGCAGAAUGAAGCUUGACCUUCCCCCUCCAGCCAAAGGAGAUGAGUUCCCAAAGAUCACACUGGGUGAGGAGCGUCCCAUAAUCCUGUGUCCAGUGAACCAAACUGAGUGCGUGUCUUUACCAGCAGCCACACAGAACAACCAAACCACAACCAAACCACACAAAGAAGACACCUCCUCCUUCAACCAAAGCAAUGAUGAACACAUUCCCUCCAUUACAUUACCAUCUCCUGUACCAGUGCACACACAAUCCUCUUCCAACCCUUCACCCUGUCAAGCUACACCUGAGGACUCGGUGGACAACAUGAAGACCCAAGACAACGUCCCUGAACGCAGGGCAACUCUUCAGCUCCCAGAACCAGCACCUUCAAGGGACACUCUCUUAUUGAAGAAUGUAUGUGCCAGAAGGCCUCUGUCGGUGGUGUCUGAUGAGUGGCCACCUCCGUACCAGGCACUGAUGACAGAGUCUUCAAGUGUCCACUCCCUGAACCUUCCGGACUUGCCUCCACCACCUCUUCCCUGCGCUGAAGAAGCGCUUGGGUUUUUACCUCUAGAUGAAGAAAUUCCAUUAUGCCUUCCCCCACCACCGCCAAUAGGCCAACCUCUCAAUCGCAUUUUGGAAGAUCCAUCGGCGUGCCCCUCACCGUACAGAUCCCACCGGCAGCUGAGCAAGUUUCCAGUGAACCUCUACGUUCCUCCACCCACGGGUGACCGGCGACCCUCCAACACCUCGCAUUAUGACAACAUCUGGGAUGAUGUGGAUCAUUCUGUGGAGAGGAUCACUCCAUUGCCACAAGACUUGGGUCUUAAGAACCCUACCCUUCUCCGUACUCCAGAAGACACUUCCUCUCUUCCUCUACCGCCUCCGUCGAAGUUCUUCUACACCCCAGACUCUUCUCCCAUACAACCACCUCCUCCUUGCAUUGAAGAUUCAGACAAUUGGGUCUCUCCAGACUGUGUUGUAGUCCCAAAGCCAGCGGCCAGCUUUACAGUAAGGCCCUUUCUCACACCUUCAGUUCAAUCCCAUCAGGUUGAGAGCGGACAUUCACGCCCCCCGAGACUACCACCAAUAAAAUUACCCACAAUGCUUUCCCAAGAACACACGGAUUCAGAUUUUUACAGAAUACACGUCCCAAAUCACUAGCUGACGGACACUUUUCUUUUAUGGACAUUUGUCAAGCAAGUCAUUCUGUACAUUUUGCACAUAAGAAUAGUCGAGCUUGUGGGAUAUGUUUUUGUAACCUUUAGGAUAUAUAUAUUGCAGUGGAGCUUGGAUGUGUUUCAGCGUGUCUCAAAUUUGUUGCAUUUCCGUUUUUUCAACGCAAGAGCUCUAAAGGGACUGAAUGUUGGUAAAUGGUUACUGUUCCUCACCGUGUCACUCAUUUCAGAGGACCAACAUUAACCUAUGAUUGUUUUUAAAUGUUGAGCAAAGGCGAGUGGAAUCGACUUCAAAAUCGGUUUAAGUUUGCUAGUCAGAUGUUGUCAAUGUUAUUUUUAAACUUGUUUGAAGUGAAUGGACAUCAUUUUUAAAAUACAAGAUGCUUUGUUGUACCACAUUUGGGAACUCAAGGUGACCCAAGACCUACUUUAAAGGGGUCCCAGAGUUGCUACAGAAGAAACUCCCUCAUCCUGUUGUAGAUUUUGAGCUCUAGUGCCACCUUGUGGAAAAUGUAAAGCACAGCAUGGUCAACAAUUUUCAUGGAAAGGUUACUUGCCACAUACCAGUGAAUUUUAAAAAAUGAAGAAAAUUUAAUUGAAGGUGAUGUUACAGCUUUAUAGUGUGAUGAUUGUAAAUAGGGCUGUUUUGCACUGCUGUUUGUAUUAAGAGACAAUAUUAUUUAAUUGCUUUUAUAGAGUGUGGUUUAUACCCAAUUUUAAAUUUGAUGUUUAUUUGAGAAUUGAUUUUAUUUCAAUAACACCUGCUUAAAGAAAACCUGUAUGCUCAUCAUUGAAAAGUCACAAGACGCUACAAAUAAAGUGGCAUGUUCAGUUUAAUAUUUA